AUGUGGUCAUCGUACAAGGCGUUUAAUAGUAUGGUUACUGAUGUCCUCGUUAACAAUAGAAUUGAUCAGUUGAUGGAAUUUGAGGCAAUUAUUAAAAAGCAUAGAUUGGAUCUACUUAAUUUCAACAUAUAUAAAGACUCUAAAUCCAUUGAAGAUCGGCAAUCAGUUACCAGAGCUGAUGUUGAAGCUAUUUCAAUUCCUGGGCUCUCACAGAAAAUUCUUCUCACUCGAGAUCUUAUUGAAGAAACAUGCAAACUGAGCGAUCUUUUCAAUCUAAAUGAAAUUAAAACUCUAGAGCUUCUUCUUACUGCUGAGGGGCAUUUAUCUGCUCAGUCUAGUACCCUUAGCCGGUUGUCCUUAGCUAUCUCUUUGUACUACGAUGCCCACAGUCUACUAUCCGAUGCUUUACGCACUAUUAUUAGUCAUCGUAUUGGCCGAAUUCCUUCAAACAAUUCACUCUCACGAGACAUCGCGGAAGUUGUUGCAUCAUUCACUGAUGAUCUCUGGCAAAGUGGUCUACUGGAAGACCUUUUAUCUUUUCUGAGAAGUUUCAAUACCAUUGAAGAAUAUAAGAGGUUGGAUUCAGCUCGUAUGAUUGAGAGUCGCCGACAUCGUUAUGACAUUCUUCAUCACUUUGCCGCAAUUCGUAAUCGAAUUGCUGAAACUAUCAUGCUUUGGGCAGCCCAAACACCAUUCUCUGCGCAAGAGUUCAGUCAAAUUCUGACCCAUCUCGUGGACUUCCAAAGGGAUGUGGCUGAAGCUAGAAAGAAUCCUGAAGAUGAAUCAGCCCCUUUGGAUCACGGAAGUAUUCACCUUCUAGUUUCCCUUCUCUGUUCUUUGGAGCCUUUUGGUACUCCUGGUAUUAUUGUGGACCAAUAUUCUGACUUGAAUGAACAAGACCUACAGCAUCCCCUCUAUUGGCAGAAGGGUUACAUCUCCGCCAUGACUGACAUUCUAACUCCCCCAGGUGAUCCCGAUCAUCAUAAUUAUCCUUUAGCAGUGGAGGGUAUCUACGGUCUGCUACAGAUCGCCUGGGGUAUUACACUACGUCGAACUGCCCAUCUCCGAUCGGAUUUGAGACGCAGACGAGGCGGUGAUGGAGAUGUUGGCAUUGAUGCUGCCGACUCAGUGGAUGAUGAUGAACUCAUUACUACUGCACUGAGAUCGCGCGCUAUGUUUCUGUUACUUACCGGUGUGCUCGGUGCAUCUCAUUUUCAGCAAGAGUCAAUGUGGGUUCGUCGAGUCCACAGUCUCUUCACCGAGCUCCUAAUCAACUUCCCACAGAACGUACGAGACUUACGUCUCUGGGAUGAGUCGAUGGUGCGUCGAAUGGGCGUGGAUCCGGGUGGUUUUGCAGUUCUCCUUGACGCACUGUGUCGUCUUUAUGAUGUGCCAGGCUCACCUCUCCACGCUCGCCUUUCUCUGGAAUUCUGGUGGCCCUCCGGGGAGACACGUAUUACUGGUGCUGCAAAUACCGCUGUCACCAAUGUUGCAGGUACUCAGGGACCACAGAGCUCUGAGAGCGGUUCUGCUACAGCUGCUCUUAAUGCCUCUUUUAGAGCGGGAGAAGUUGAGAACUCUCGUCAAGUAAGCAAUACACAUUUGCCGACUGAUGUGGUUUCGAACUCGGCGAUUCUCUUUCGUUUUGUCUACUCGACCAGUGAAUUUGCCUCAUCUCCCGUGAUCUUCGUGCCUUAUGUGAAGGUACUACGAGCUCUGGUGGGGAGUCAGACUUCUGCCAAUCUUUGCUUCAAUCUUCUCAAAGCAACAGCAACAUCUGGAGGUCGUUUGGCGUCUCUUCUGACCUGGGAUCACUUUAUCACCAGUCUUCACCAGUACCUCGAUCACUUGAAAAGCGCCGCUGCAGCAGCUGCUGCUGCCACAUAUACCACCACGACAGUCGGGGGUCAACAACUCCCCCCUCACCUUCAAUAUCCUCACCUCUACGCCCCCUCAAUCGAUGCCUUCCCACCACCACCACCCUCCGGUUAUUCUCUGUUAACUCAGCAACAACAACUGGUAAACCAACAUGUUCAACCGAUGGACAUGCAACAGCAAACAUCCACUCCGGCAACUCCUGAAAUCCAACCUGAAGAGCUGGACGCAUUGAGGAGUGUUGUGGGGUUGAUAACUCGUGUUUGUUUUAUGGAUCCUGUUGCCCGUUCUGCUUUCGCUUCCAACACCAAAUGGUCAUUGGUCUCCACUGCUAUCGGUCUAAUCACCUGCCCUCUACCUAUGUCAAUGAAAGCAGAUCUACUUCACCUUCUUGCAGCUCUAGCUCGAACCCCAUCCAUUGCUGCUGAAAUCUGGUGUGCCCUCAUUGAGAGCCGACUUCUCGCUUUCAUCGAUCCUCAAAGCAUGGUAAUGAGCGUUAAUGGAAGUGUCAAUGCUAUCAAAGGAAUCGUCGGACUUCAUACUGAGAUGGAUAAGGCUGAAGCGAGACAUGAGGAAUAUCCUAUCACCCAGGCCUUCCUGAAUCUUCUUACAACUCUUGCGCCCUCCUUGUUGACCUCUUCGGUGGGAGUAAACGAACCUCCGUUUGGUGGUCUGGACCCAUGUGAAGGCCUAUCGCGUCUUGUUCAUUUCACAUCGGAGAAUAUCUUCUUGAAGCACACUAUGCGAGCUUAUCGUCAUAAGAAUGAAAGGUGGGAAAUUGCUGCGGCUUGUUUAAACCUCUUCGAAGGUCUAAUUCAAGCAUUUAUACGUCGAAUGCGUGCUGUAGCCGUUUUUGCUGCAGGUGCGGAUAACUGCAGUGAAGAGCAAUUAGCCCUCUUUGAUUGGUCUGCUCUUCUAACUGGAGGUCAUCUAAAAUCCACCAAACUCAAACUUCCACAUGGGUGGCCAUUUACUGAUCCUGGUUAUCAAAUCGUAACUCAGUUACUCAUAAACUCCUCCCUAUUUUCCUUGAUGACCGGCCUUCUUGAAGUGGGCUUUUAUCGUCUGAUGGAAUAUGAUUUAACUCCUUCAUAUGCUAUGAAUCGAGCAACUGCCGCUAUUUUGCGAAUAUUUGAACAUAUCCUUCCACAUGAACAAAUAUUGGUGAACCUUGUGAGACGGGCUUCUCUGCUUGUUCCUCAUCUUAGACCUGAAACGGCAUGGGGUCAACGAUCUGGUGUUGACAUCAUAAUGCCCAGUCUUCUAUCUCGUCUCCUCGUGGUGACUAUUAACUCGAGAACUGGAAGGGCCGACCUACUCAUUACCAUUGUUCGAUACUGUGGACUCUAUGACGACCUUCCUGAUCACUGCUCUUCGGCUUUGAAUAUUCUCUACAAUGUUGUAAGAGCAGAGCAUUCACAUGAGCCCGUGCUGGCAAUCUUCACAAAUGACCAAAAGACUGAAAAUGAGCUAUUGCGGGCUCUAGUUUCCUGUCUCAGCACCUCUAUAUAUGAUAUGAGUGACUGCCAUGAGCUCUCUUCCAUCACAGAGGUAGAAGUUCCUAUUUUCUCAGACUCUUGGCUCUAUGAUGAUGCGCCUGAUGAGAGUGUUGAUGGGGGAUACAAGCUCGCCACCACCUCUGUCUAUGCACCCCAUCCAGCAUUCAAGGCAGCUCAUCUACUUGCAUCUUUUCCUACAGUGCGUUGGAACUGGACAACCGAAGAGAUAUCUCGUUGGGAGUUAAUGACAACCUUUGCACCAACUCAAGGCAAUGCCAUAUCCGAAAUGGUGAAAGGCAAUAUUAUGGAGCUUGACUCUAUGUGGUCGUUUGGUAGCAGUAAACGAUCAGUUCGUUCCACUAUGUUGCAUAUGAUUCUCUAUUCCCUCACCAAUCACUCGUCUCCUUCGAUUGGCCAUUGGCUCCUUGGUUUCCGUUGCAAGAAUGCUCGUACCAUAGCCCUUACAACAAUACAGAAUGCUGGUGUUGGUGGCUAUCCAAGCACGUGUCUACACGGUAUUCUUGAUUUAAUUGAAUUAGGAGUGGCUAGUCUUCGCGAGAAUCUAGUUGCAGAGACAAUUGAUGCUCCUCCCCACAUUUCUUUACUGACACAACAAUGGGAUUCUGCAAUGGCGUGGCAAAUUCUCUACCAUCUAAUGGCUGCUAGUGCUACCACUGCAGUUCCUAUAGCCCGUUAUCUUCGUGGAACUCAUGAUUUUGUUGCCAGACAUCUUACUACGGGGCUUGUAGGAGUACUUCUUGCUUCUUCGGUUCCACGGUUGUCAUCCUGUAACUCCUUGGAGACUGCUUCAAGUUGGUCCCUACAAUCUCUUAUAUUGAACCAAUGUUCAUGGCUUCUUAAGAUGGGAGCUAUUGAGGUACAAUCUUCAACGUCACAGCGUACUUACCUCGCUCGAAUUCUCACUAAUCUCUUCACAAUUGGUGAAAACUCUGUUGACACGAAUGGGACUGUUGGAACCUCGUUUAUAAAUCACUUCGCAUCCGCUUUGACAUACUCUGAUCUAACUGAACCCCAAAAUCGGGUUCUUGCUGAUCUCCUAUCCCGGAUGACGCCCUCAGAGACGCUUAUCGGCCCUCAAUGGAUUUUUGACCGAGACUGUGUAGACUCUAAACUCAUGGAAAAUAUUGUUGUAGCUUGUGAAGAAGCUUCUCCGCUCAUCUCUACUGAAGAGCAUUCCACGCUUCGUACAUGUGUAAUCAAUACCUCUUCUCUUGUCUCUCGCUUGUCUGUAUUCUUCGGCCAAGGUGGAUUAGUCAAUGCAACGAUUUUUGAGGAAGGCGCAGAUGCGAACACCUUGGCACUUGGCAAUCUCCGUCUCUGUACAGAUGUAGUUGAAUGGGCUCGUCGUCGUAAUACACAUCGUCUCGCCUUAGUACUUGGCAAACAGGCGUGUUUAGAAGGCUGGAGACAUCUCACUGAGAUUGGCCUCAGAAUGCUUCAUUUUCUAGCUCGAACAUCACCUGAUAUUCUAUCAACUAGUGCCAGCAUUCCAGUCAAUAGAAGUCUCUAUUCUGCCACAAUGGCUCUGCUUAAUCCUCUUCUCCAUGAGGUUUCGGCUCCUGAGUCAACGCCAGCUGUUCUCAAGGUAUUAGCUAGUGGAAGUGCACUGAGCUUGUCUGCUUUUCUUCAAAUCUUUGCCUCUCCGACAUCUGCAGAUGGUUCAAUGCUACUAUCGUCCAGAGCUACUGGGAUUCAGAAUAUUCUAUCUGUUACUCAACUUCUGCUUGAAGCUAUCUUGACUUCUAAACCAAAUCAUCAGCGUGUCCGAGCAAACUAUUAUGGGGCUCUGUGCUAUAUCCUCGAUGUUUGCCAUCAAUUUGAUCAGCAAAUAUCAGCCUCAAGUGUCAGUGGAACAUCGGAGAUCCCGAUCACCCUUCAAGUAAUCAAUAUUCUCGCUGGGAUUGAUGGUGAUCAUUUCAAUAGCUCAUUUUUAACGGUUCUCUUCAGUGACAUUUCAAAUGGUCAUCAUCCAAUAAUUCCAAUAUCCGCUAUAGGAUUGCUCUGCAGUCUGUUAAAACUUGAUCGCACCUCUGGUCAGGUUCUUGAGACUGUUGUUCGUGAUGGCUGCUUGCAGUUCUGCAUUGAUAGUCUAGAAGACGAUCUAGCUGUUCUGCAGCAGCACCUAGUUUCUCAAAACGACAGUUCCAUUAUUAUGGGACGAGAUGUGAAUGAAAACAAAGAACAGGCUGACGCCACUGCCGUGUUCUACGUCUACCAAUCAAAAAUGGCUCUACUUACCCUCAUUGCUUCUACGCAACUUGGGGCGAAAUCCAUAAUUCAGACAUCUCUACUUGACUCCACCCUGUGCCGAUUCGAACCUCUAUCAGGUUCCUGUUUGGCUGACGUUUUUGACUUCUCUGUCGCUUCUGUUCGAAAUAACCCAAGCGCUUCAAACACCACCCAAUUUGAUCCUCUCCAUUGGCUGGAUACAUAUGAAUUUUCCCAGCAUCUUCUGGACUCUCUUAACCGUCAAGAACUUGGGGAAUCUUUUGGAUGUAGUCCCCUUGGAGUUAUCAAUCCUUUGGUGACCUCCCAACUCCUUUCUGCUUCUGGGUCUAGCUUGGGCGUGACUGCAGAUCCUGGUCAAUGUCUCACGUGGUCGGGUAUACUCUCGCCAGCACUUGCCUUUACAAAGACCCUUGUUUUCACUCUGGGUCCAACUCAUGUUUCGGCUGUUCAGAAGGUUUCUAAAUUCGUCUAUACACAUUCUGAAGCUUUGCUAACAGUAGGCGCCAGUGCUACAGCAGCACAACUAGUUGCUGCUUUAUCUCAAGAAGCAUUCCAAGAUUGUGUUCUAGGUAGUGAAACUAGCAUAGAACGACAAGAGCAGUUAGUUCAAGCCACCCUUCAAUGGUUGCAUGGGGAGGAAAGCUUGACACAUCUCCUCUCCUUCAUUCUUCGUGCAAGAAUCCCGCUCAAUUUGGGGGAACCUGAUGAUCUUCCUCGAGAAUUGCUAAGAAGCAAGAUUCUGCGACAUAUCUUUGCAAUUAUGCCAGAUUCACUGCAGGCUCUUCAAAUUAAAGAACAGCGUGGGGUGUCAGCAGAGAUGAAUCCAAUGAAUAAUGCUAGGCAAACAUUCGUUCGCAAUUUAGUGACAACUAAGCAGUUAGAACUGCUAUGUCUUCAAGUGAACACUUGCGUGGCCGCUGUUUCCACAGAGGAUGAAUUUGAUGGACUCGAUAACACCUUGGUGAAGAAUCUUAUCUUCUCAUCUUCACUCACGUCAAAUGAUAGCGGUAGUGAAGCUACUCUACCCAAUCCCACUCGCCCCGGUCUCAAUCUUCUCUUCCAACUUGCCUCAUGGGUCUCCUCGAGGUUGCAUCAUCUUGAGGGUCAAGUCACUAGUCUCUCUCGACACCUUCCCGCUAAUCUACUCAACAGCACAUCGGCCAUCUCCUCUAGCUCUCCUAUUUCAGAAAGUGGGCGUGUGAAAGAGGAGGGCAAAAGCGACUCCGCUCCUGCGUUAGACAGGGUCUUAAGGUGUCUUGUACAGCUGCCGGUAAGCCUGAAUUCAUCGGUAGGUGAUAUCUCCACAGACAGUCUGCGUCAGAUCGCAACAAGUGUCUUCUCCGUCUGGUCACCGAUGGUCUUUCCGUUACUUCAAACUAAUGGCACUGCCGGUACUGUUGAUGCAGGUCAGCGCAAUGCAUUCCUUCGACGCUUGAUCUCUCUUGGAGCGGGAUUGUUGCAAACCCAACUCUCCUGUUUUGUUGGUGAGCUAUAUAGACUAUCUAGCUACCUCCUCUGGCGUCAUUUGGCAUGUUUCCUCGUAUCCGCAGGUAAACCUGAGGCUCAAAGUAACUUUGUGAGUGGGGUAUCGCAUCAAACGCCUCGACGAUUUGUGGAUAACGAUUUUAUCGAGCAGCUCCCGAGGAAGCUCACUUUUGAUCUUCUGGAGAGUAUAGCUCAAAUCUCAAAGGCCCCGUACUUGUCAUCCAGUGAUCAGCUCUUCCUACAAGUGAUGGCACAACGUCUGGAGCGAUUGAGUCAAGCAAGAAAUCGUGUUGCCGCUUCGGAGCACGUUACCGCUUGA